UUGUCCUGAGUGCGUUAUGGGAAGGUCCUCUUUUUAAUUUCGAUUUGAGCGGUCUAUAAGAAGUACUGUAAAAUAAAGAACUCCACAUUUGUCCGCAUGGGUAUGCUUGGCCUUAGAACUAGGCAGCUCAGGACGUUGCUGGCCAACUACAAAGGAGUUAAUAUUUGUAUUGCUGAUUGCACAAGGUGGAAAAGUGACACACCACAGGUGUAUGGAAUAGCAAAGGCAAAAUGCUUUCAACAUACAUCUCUCUGGAAAGUAUCAAAGUACAGUCCAUGGUCCUGGACUUGUUCUCUGUGUAUCAACCAAAGAAGUGGGUUUGGAGAACGUAAUGCAAGGCACUUCGUUACAGAAUCUGGAACAGUACGAGUUAGAUUUGCACCCAGCCCCACAGGAUUUCUACAUCUGGGAGGACUCCGCACUGCUCUUUAUAAUUAUAUUUUUGCCAAAAAACAUAGAGGAAGGUCUAUUCUUCGACUGGAAGAUACAGACCAAAGUCGGCUGGUAGCUGGUGCUGCUGAGAAGAUAGAAGACAUGCUGGAGUGGGUUGGUAUCCCACCUGAUGAAAGUCCUCGAAGAGGAGGUCCUUGUGGGCCAUACCAACAGUCUCAGCGCUUACAACUGUAUCAAGAAGCUGCUCAAGAACUAGUUGAUAGGGGACAUGCAUAUCUAUGUUUCUGCACUGCUCAGCGUCUGGAACUGUUGAAAAAGGAAGCCUUACGAAACAAGGAAACACCAAGGUAUGAUAACAGAUGUAGGUAUCUCACAAAACAGCAAGUUGAAGACAAACUGGCCAAAGGUUUAUCACAUGUAAUCCGUUUCAAACUAGUAGAGGGAGCAGAACCAUUUGAGGACAUGGUUUAUGGCUGGAACAAGCAUGAAGUCGCUAGUGUGGAAGGGGAUCCUGUGAUUAUCAAAGCAGAUGGCUUCCCAACCUAUCAUUUGGCCAAUGUAGUCGAUGAUCAUUUUAUGGAAAUUAGCCAUGUUUUACGUGGGACUGAGUGGCUUGUCUCAACUUCCAAGCACCUCCUUCUUUACAAAGCCUUAAGCUGGAAGCCUCCACAGUUUGGUCAUCUUCCAUUACUGUUGAACAAAGAUGGUAGUAAACUAUCCAAACGACAAGGAGACAUUUUUAUUGAACAGUUUGCAAAAAGCGGACAUCUGCCUGAAGCACUGCUGGAUAUCAUAACUAACUGUGGAUCAGGAUUUGCAGAAAAUCGAAUGGGCAGAAAACUAGAAGAACUCAUUGCUGAAUUUGAUGUGAGCAGAAUAAUAACACAUUCAAGUCUCUUGGACCUCACUAAAUUGGCAGAGUUCAACAGGAUUCAUCUGGCACAGCAACUUGAGGAUGAUAUUAAACGGCAAAUGGUAGUGCAGCAGCUUCAGUCUCAUGUUGAGGAAAUCUAUCAUGGAAAACUUUUGGAUCAUGAUGUUCUGCGGAAGGAAUAUGUGGAAAAUGUUCUUCUGCUAAGAAAGGGUCACAUAAACUUUUUGAAAGAUUUGGUGUCACCUUCCUACUCCUACCUUUGGGUUAGACCUUCUGUAUCAAGAAAGGAGUUACAGAAGUUGUCAUCAGAGCUAGACAAGAUCGGUGGACUGGUUCUUGGCUUGCUCCAAUCUCAGAACAUUGCUAUGUCUACUGAUGUGCUGAACAAAGAACUGAAAAAUCUGCAGGAACAGGUGAAAGAGACCAAGUACAGUACUAUGAUGAAGCUUUUACGUCUGGCACUAAGUGGACAGGAGCAAGGUCCAAGUGUAGCAGAGAUGAUGAUUUCCUUGGGCCCCAAAGAAGUCUGUGCUCGUAUAGAAACAGUUCUCAAGAGCUGAGGGCAGCAGUCAUUUCAGUACUGAAGAAGUUUUUUUUUUUUUUUUUUUUUUAAUACCAGAGUUGUGAAUUGCAGAACAGCAUGAAAGGAAAUAUCUCCACUGUUUGCCAGUAUAUGGAAAAACAGUGCUGCUGUACUGUUGAUAUUCAGUAAAAUUAAAACAUUUAGCACAUUUGCAGUGUCUCUUUCCAAAUGGUAGUAUUAAAAUGUCUUUUUGUGAUUUGUAAAAUGCAAGUACAUUUUCUGUAAAUAUACUGUACUUUUUUGUUUAUAAAUCUCGUCUUUUAUCACUCAUGUCCUCUAGCUUAUUAUUUCGAGGAGCAUCUGGAAGUCAAAUAAAAGAGAUAUCAGUUA